CUGUUUCGUUUCCCACCGCUUGUUGGACGCUUCGUUCCUUUUAUCGCUGUGGCCGCGGCUAACUGUAUCAAUAUUCCGUGCAUGCGCAGCGUCGAAUUCUCCGAGGGUACACCAAUCACCGAUGAGAAUGGUGAACCACUGGGAAAGUCAGCAGUUGUUGGGCGUCGAGCGAUCGGCAAAGUUUUGAUCUCUCGUAUUCUUAUGGCCGCUCCGGGAAUGCGUGAGUUCUGCUUUUCAAAAUUAACGUUUUGUGCUUUUCAUAGUUUUACAAGUGAACUUCUCGCGCUUGGAGUACUGAAUGCAUGUCAAUUACAGCUAUGUUGUCGUUUGGCUAAACACGAUCAUUCGAUUGGGACCUUGUGCAUUUUGAUUCACUAG